CUGUCCCCAGGCUCCGAGGAUGACGAGGGUCACGAUGGCGUCAGCCGGGAGAACCUUGGCCGCAUCCAGUUCAGCGUUGGCUACAACUUCCAGGAGUCCACCCUGACCGUCAAGAUCAUGAAGGCGCAGGACCCGGCCAAGGACUUCAGCGGCACCAGCGACCCCUUCGUCAAGAUCUACCUGCUCCCCGACAAGAAGCACAAGCUGGAGACCAAGGUGAAGAGGAAGAACCUCAACCCGCACUGGAACGAGACCUUCCUCUUUGAAGGGUUCCCCUAUGAGAAGGUGGUGCAGCGGGUGCUGUACCUCCAGGUCCUGGAUUACGACCGCUUCAGCCGCAACGACCCCAUCGGGGAGGUCUCCAUCCCCCUCAACAAGGUGGACCUCACCCAGAUGCAGACCUUCUGGAAGGACCUGAAGCCCUGCACCGAUGGCAGCGGGAGCCGUGGGGAGCUGCUACUGUCGCUGUGCUACAACCCCUCCGCCAACUCCAUCGUGGUGAACAUCAUCAAAGCACGGAACCUCAAAGCCAUGGACAUCGGGGGCACGUCAGACCCCUACGUGAAGGUGUGGCUGAUGUACAAGGACAAGCGGGUGGAGAAGAAGAAGACCGUGGUCAUGAAGCGGUGCCUGAACCCCGUCUUCAACGAGUCCUUCGCCUUCGACAUCCCCACGGAGCGGCUGCGCGAGACCACCAUCGUCAUCACCGUCAUGGACAAGGACCGGCUGAGCCGUAACGACGUCAUCGGCAAG